AGCAGACAGGGAGUCCCGCCUCACCAGACAACUAGGGAAGCUGAAAUUGACUGGCUGGCUUUCAUGAGGAAGGAGGAGUCAGUUUCCAUGGCAUGGACACAACACUCUGGAUGGUGAAGACUGCCUGCCAGCACAGAGCUCCUCGAAUUUCACACCAUACAUUGUUUUCUGUCAUGGAAUUGACCAAAAUGUCAGACAUGACAAAGCUUCACCAAGCUGUGGCUGCUGGAGACCACAGCUUAGUGAAGAGGAUUUUGAAGAAAGGUCUCUGUGACCCAAACUACAAAGAUGUAGACUGGAAUGACCGGACCCCACUUCACUGGGCUGCAAGCAAAGGGCAAAUGGAGAUGAUACGGCUCCUGAUAGAAUAUGGAGCCAGGCCCUGCCUGGUUACCAGUGUGGGCUGGACUCCAGCUCAUUUUGCAGCGGAAUCAGGCCAUCUGAAUGUACUCAAAGCUCUCCAUGCAUUGCAUGCUGCCAUCGACGCCCCCGACUUCUUUGGAGACACACCAAAGAGGAUUGCACAGAUCUAUGGGCAGAAAGCCUGUGUGGCAUUUCUGGAAAAGGCAGAGCCCGAGUGCCAGGACCACCGCCGUGCUGCCCACCAGAAGGGGCUGCCUCUGGAUGAGCGUGAUGAAGACUGGGAUGCCAAGAAAAGGGAGCUGGAGCGGUCUCUUCCUUCCCUAAAUCAAAACAUGAAUAAAAAGAAUAAGAAAAGUCGAGGCCCUACCAGGCCCAGCAAUACCAAAGAGAAGACAGUAUGAGAACUCAAACUUAUAUUUUCUGUCAGGGGACUUUCCCUGGUGCCAGAAUUGAGGCUGUUAGGCUUGGUGGUCUUUCCAUGACUUCACUCGUGGACCCUUACCCACCUGGUUUCUGCAAAAGCCCAUGGACCUGUCAUUAGGUGCUGUCUACAUGGACUGUUGUCUCCUGGCUAGCACCAACAGUGUACAACAAUUUCCAGGAGAGGACACAACCUGCUUGCUUUUGUCAUUAGCGGUUUGCACAGUCAGCAUCUUCUGUCCCCUCCCCCCCAACAAUGAUAGAAUUUCAGGCACACGGAAAUUCUGCCAUGAAUUAACUUCAUCUCUGAUAUCUAACAAGAUAAUAUAAAAUAAUGAACAUGUAAUUAUGGGUCUACUUUUUCAACUGUAAACUUUGGGAAAUUAAAUUCAGAUCAGAUAAUUCCAAUAAAAAAUUGCAUCCAAAUUGAGAUGCAAAAUGCACAUUAGAUUUCAAACACUUAGUACAAAAAUAUAAAAUGUCUCACUAAAAAUAUUUAAUAUUAAUUGUAUGUUGAAAUGAUAAUAUCGUGGAUAUUGGGUCGAAUGAAAUAUAUUACCAAAAUGAA